UCAGUCAUGCCCCUCCCUCCUCAGUCAGUUCGCUUUCUAUAACCGACUUUCUGAUGGCGUAGAUCGGAAGUUGCCGUUUACCGUGAUCACCAUAGCGACUGCUGCCUUGGCCCUUCCGCUGGCCUGCAGCACUCAGCUGAGAAUCUUGGUCGCCCGGUCGGACUCUGGGCACCCGGUGCGAUUUGAUUAUGAGACCCGGUAUUUCCCGCAGAAGAUUGAUCACUUUGGAUUUGCUGAAGGUGGUACAUUCAACCAGAGGUACUUGAUAGCAGACAAACAUUGGAAUCACAAUGGUGGUCCCAUUCUUUUCUAUACUGGAAAUGAGGGAGACAUAACAUGGUUCUGUAACAAUACGGGUUUUAUGUGGGAAAUUUCAAAGGAACUGGAAGCCAUGUUGGUGUUUGCCGAACAUCGAUAUUAUGGAGAGUCUUUGCCUUUUGGGAGCAAAUCGUUCAGUAAUCUCAAGAACUUGAAUUACUUCACUUCUGAGCAGGCUUUGGCUGAUUUUGCAGUUCUUAUACGAAAUCUCAAACAGACCAUCCCUGGAGCUCGGACUAGUCCUGUUAUUGCUAUAGGUGGCUCCUAUGGAGGAAUGUUAGCAGCCUGGUUUAGGAUGAAAUAUCCAAACAUUGUUGUUGGAGCUCUGGCUGCUUCUGCUCCAAUAUGGCUGUUUGAGAAUUUGUCUCCAUGUGAAGAUUUUUAUAAUAUAGUGACCAAUGACUUCUUGAAGAGUGGAAAAGGCUGCUCUGAAAGCAUCAAGAAUUCUUGGGAUGCAAUUAAUAAAGUGUCAUCCACAGCGGAAGGUUUAACCUUUCUUUCCCACACCUUCCAUCUCUGUUCACCAUUACAAGCUGCAGAUGUGGCAUUCUUCAAAUCAUGGCUGAGCAACACUUGGGUUAAUCUGGCUAUGGUGGACUACCCAUAUGAGGCCAACUUUUUACAACCUCUUCCUGCUUGGCCUAUUAAGCUUGUUUGUACCUUUCUCAAGAACCCCUCACUACCAGCAGAAUCCCUGCUGCAAAACAUCUUUAAGGCUGUGAAUAUAUAUUAUAACUACACUGGCAAUGUGGCCUGCCUGAAUAUAUCGCAGACUGCAACUUCCAGUCUUGAUGAUCAAGGCUGGAAUUACCAGACGUGCACAGAAAUGGUGAUGCCUUCCUGUUCUGAUGGCGUCAAUGACAUGUUUGAACCAUUGCCGUGGGACCUCCAAUCGUUCUCUGAUAACUGCAAGAAAGACUGGGGAUUACUUCCUAGACCUCAAUGGAUAACUACAGUCUAUGGUGGGAAAAAUAUCAGUUCACACAGCAAUAUUGUCUUCAGCAAUGGUGGUUUGGAUCCAUGGGCAAGUGGAGGGGUGACUAAAUCUAUCUCUGAUACGUUGAUUGCCAUACUUAUUCCUGAGGGAGCACAUCAUUUAGACCUGCGCUCAAGCAACAAAGAGGACCCUGUCUCUGUCCAAAAAGCACGAGCUCUGGAAGUCAAAUACUUUAAAAAGUGGAUUGAGCAGGCAAAAACAGAACCAGUGCUAUGGUAAAAUGAAAGAUUUGCAUCUCUUCCUCAUUAAGUUUUAUGUUCUUUAGGGGAUAUUGCUCUUGAAUGUUGCUAAUUUUUGAUCUGAUUAACUGUAUGUUCCUUUCACAAUACAGCAUGUGUUGAACUGAUGCUUUUAUAUUGCCAAAAUAUAAAUUUUACCUUUUGUGCGUGACAAAGUUUAUACUUGGUGAUGCAAGCUGGACUGUCUAAUAACUAAUAGAAGGUUUUUUAACCAAACUAAUCUUAUUUUGUAAUUUAAAUCAUGCCCUGUUAAUUUGUUAUGCACACGUGCUACUGUGUUUCAUGACUUUGAUUAUUAACUCAAGGUGUACUGUGUUCAGUUACAUAUCUAAAUUGUGGUUUGCUGGUCAGACCUUUCUGAUUCAAGUGCAAGUUGUGUUUCAGUGGAUUUGUGAAUAAUUCCAUACCUUUGUAACGAAGAGAAAUGGUACAAGUUUCAUAACUCCAUGCUUCCCAAUUUAAGAACAUACUGAAACCAUAUUUUGUUUUUCAUUAUACCUUCCUUUACCAUACUUCAUGUAUACCCUUUCAAUGUUACAUUUAUUCAUUGUUUGAAAGGUCUUAAGGACUAUAUUGUUAUCAUACUUUCUUCAAAUAAAUGAUAUGCAUAA